UGCAUGUUCAAAGUCAAGUCUAAAGUUUAUGUUUAUUAUAUAAUAUUAUAUAAUAUUGUGUAAUAAAUCCAUACAUAUAUAAUAUAUAUAUAUAGUUGUAUCACUGAUUUUAUUAUACAAUAUACAAAAUUAAUCAUAAUGGCUAACGUUUUGGACAAAUUUAGUCAAUUGAAAAAAUAUGUAGAAAACAAUCAACACGUUUUGAAAUUAUUUUACGUGUUUGACGACUAUAUGGGCAAAAACUUUAUAUACCAGACCCACGAUGACCAGUACUACGUGUUUGGGUCCAACCACUACGGGUGUCUGGGCCUGGGUCAUAACAAGGAAGUGGAGUACCCUGUACUAAUUGCACAAUUAAGCAAUAAGGGUAUCACCGAGUUUUACAAAGGCUGUAACUUUAUGUUUGGACGGACUCCGGAUAAUGAGUACUACUGUUGGGGCGGUAAUGAAUGUGGACAGUUAGGUCUGGGUAUUACGGGACUGGGCAACGAUUUCGUGGUUCCCAUACGUAAUGAGUACCUGAGCGGCAAGAAUGUAGUGUUCCUGAGCUGUGGCUAUAAACACGUGUUGGCGCUGACAGAGACCGGGGAGGUCUACGCCUGGGGUGACAACCGGUGCGGUCAAGUAGGGUGUGGUAACCUAUUGGACAUUAUUAACACUCCGAUCAAAUUGGCAAUUGGUGACACAUCGUGUGUCAUUGAAUCGAUAGCAUGCGGUGAUCACCACUCAAUAGCCCUGACCCAAAAUGGGGACGUGUAUGUGUGGGGUAGUAAUGAGUAUGGUCAAUUAGCAACUGGUAACUACAACCAAUAUAUUAAACCACAACUACUGGCACAUCCAGGGUGGACCAUAACCAAGAUAGUAUGCAGUAAAAAUACUACCUACUACCUGUCCACCGAUAGGGAUAUCUACUACUGUGGCCAAAGAUAUAUCAAUGGGGAUGUCGUGCGGGUACACACUCUGACAAAGUUAGAGACAAACACUUAUGAGACAAAUGAAACCAAUUUACUUAAUAAAACUAAUAAGGGGAAAGGCAUCAAAUUUACGGACAUAUUUUCGGCCAACCCUUACAACUGGUGUUUCGCUAAAGCCGAUGGAUAUAACCUUCCCUUACUUCCCCGACAUUUACUCAACUUUAUCCGACUUUUCCAUAUAUUUGAUGACAUAAACGGCGGUAAAAACUGCAUUUACAUCGGGAAAGAUGAUACGGUAUACGGGUUGGGAUCAAACGGAGCCGGAAUACUUGGAGUGGGCACUACCGGCCCCAUCGAGGAACCGAUGGUCAUCAAAGACUUAAGCGGGAAAGGCAUCACAAAAAUCUACAACGGCAGCAACUUCAUGAUUGCCACUAGUAAAACUAGCGAGGUGUUUGUGUGGGGCUCGAAUCAGCUAGGACAAUUGGGGCUGGGAUUCGAGUGCGAAUAUAGUAAGCCGUGUAAAAAUCAAUUUCUAAGUGAUGCCAAACUGACCCAGCUCAGUUGCGGUGCUGGGCAUACCCUGGCGCUUACCGAAAAUGGUGAGGUGUACGGGUGGGGUUCAAAUGAGUGGGGACAGGUAGGCAUCAACUCGAUCCAACAAGUGGUGUCGGUGCCCACACGCAUAGCUAUAUACAUCAAGUUUAGUAGUGUCUCGUGCGGGGACUACCACUCCAUGGCACUGACAGGCAGGACAUCUGUAUACAGUUGGGGUAGAAAUAAUUUUGGACAACUGGGUCACUUUGGGUGCGAAAAGGAAAUAGGUCCAACUAGUAUCUUAAUGAGCAAUGUCAGGACAAUUAUCUCGACCGGAAAUAAUAGUUACGUGUUAACUAACUAUGGUGAUAUAAACGUAUAUGGCCACGUGGUGUGUGAACAUAAUCUAACCAAGUCGCAAACUAGGAUCCCGAUGCCCGGCAACGCACAGUAUAUAGAACUCGAACCACUUAAAAAUGGGCUAAUUAUUGCACGUUAUGAUGACUGUGUGCAUGAAGUUAAGCAAUGUGAAAUACUGGAAAGUUUAGGCAAAAAUUCGUAUCGUAAUUACCUGGCAAACGAAUUUGGUAUAACUUAUCAAGCUAUUCGUAUGAAAGCCUACGAACGACAAGACAUUUUAGGAACCGGUAGUUUUGGACUGGUAUAUAAAUGUAGAGACCGACAAACAGAUAGAGUGUUUACUCUGAAAAAGUUGAAGUGUCCAGGUUUAAAUGGUGAUCAAAUGUGCAAGUUAGAACAAGCAUUAGAUCGAAUUAAAAACCUUAAAAAUUGUUACCUUGCACAAAUGGACAAGUAUUGGAUAGAGAAAAAUCGUUUCUGUUUCAUACAAAUGCCUUUCUAUGAGAACACAUUACUCGACAUAAUGAUCGCCAAACCGCACGCUUUCGGUCGAAAAUUUGGUCAAACCAUGGAUUACAUGGAGUUUUACAUAACGUGUGAAUUGUUCGCCCAAUUAGUUGAUGGUAUGAGUUAUUUGCAUGGCUUGAGUCCACCGAUAAUUCAUCGAAACCUCAAGACUACUAAUAUAUUUGUCACCAGCGAUGGCCUGGAUAACUCGUUUAUCAAAAUAGCCGACUAUGGGUUUGAAAAGUUUGAUAAACUGGGGGUCAAACCGAUUGCUAAAAGUGGUUACGAGGGUCUGUCGAAAUACACGGCACUUGAGGUUAUCAAAGGCCGUAAGUAUGGCCUUAACGCCGAUGUCUAUAGUUUGGACACUUUGGGACACAACAUAUUGUUUGUGACAAACCGCGAGUCGGUGUACGGCUUGGGGACCAACAGUAGUGGUCAGCUCGGACUCGGACACAACACGCCGGUCGAGACGGCCCACGAAUUGCCGGAAUUACGCGACUUUAAUGUCCGACAAUUUUAUGUCGGAUUCGACAUCGUAUUAGCCCUGACUAGUGAGCACCGGGUGUUUGUUUGGGGCCAUUUGGGUGAAUAUGGAAAGCCUGUUAAUAAUCGUAACUAUAGUAAGCCUCACAAGAUUUUAUUCGACAAUAUUUGUGAUAAUAUUGUAAUCACGCAAAUAAGUUGUGGCGUCAGUCACGCACUAGUACUGGACGAAAGGGGACGGGUGUUUGGGUGGGGCUGUAAUUUGUGUGGACAGUUAGCCGUCAAUCCAAAUGUCUCCGUAUUUAUGCCAAACGCAGUUGAAAUACAAUUUCAGGAACAGUGCUUAUGUGGGGUGAGAAUGUGCAUGCUACUCACAGCAAUUAUAAACAGACCUUGA